AUGGCCAGGCACAGCGGGAUGGCCGGGAACGUGGCGCUGCUGCUGUGGGCCCAGUCCCUGCUCCUCGCUGGCACCCAGACCACCCAGGUCCUGCUGGAGCCCCCCUGGACCCCAGCAGUGCAGUGGGACCAGGUGACCCUGACCUGCCAGGGCUCGGGGACCCCCGGGGCCACCUCCUGGUACAAGAAUGGGCUGCUCUUGAGGGAGAAGAACCAGGACCGGUUCCUUGUCACCAAUAGCGGCAUCUACAAGUGUCACAGACCCGGCACUGGAUUCACAGGACCCCCCUGUCCCCCAGACUGGCUGGUGCUGCAGGUCCCGGCGAGGGAGCUGCUGGAAGGGGACAGUGUGACACUGCGCUGCCGGCGCUGGUGGGACCUGUGGCUCACCCAUGUGCGGUUUUACCACGAGGGGAAGGAGCUGGGAGGGCCCCUGCGGGGGUCCGAGCUGUCCCUGCCCCCCCUGCAGCUGCACCACGGCGGCCGCUACCGCUGCAGGGGCUGGGUGGGCUCCGGAUCCUCAGGCUGGGAGGAGUCGGCACCGGUGACAGUGACGGUGCACGAGCUCUUCCCGGUGCCGGUGCUGGAGGGUCCCCCUGAGCCCACCGAGGGGUCCCCCCUGAAUCUCAGCUGCCUCAGCCCCCCCAGCCCCCUGCGGCCCCGCCCCCUCCUGCACCUCUUGUACCGGGACGGGGUGCUGGUGGGGGGCCCGCAGGGGUCUCCCCAGCUCCACCUGCCCGCCGUGGGGGUCUCCCACUCGGGGAAUUACACCUGCGAGGUGCGCUCCGAGGGGGGGACGGUGCGGAAGAGCAGCGCCCGGCUCCGCGUCACGGUGCGCAGGAUCCCAAUCUCGGGGGUGUCCCUGUCGGCGCAGCCCCCCGGGGGGCGGGUGGCACUGGGGGACCUCCUGGUGCUGAGCUGCGCGGUGGCCGCGGGGACAGGUCCCCUGUCCUUCUCCUGGCACCGGGGGCGCUCGGCCGUGCCGCUGGGCACCGGCCCCCGCCUCGAGCUGCACGUUGGGGACGAGGACAGCGACCACUACCAGUGCCGGGUCACCGACGGGGACAGCGCGGCCGAGAGCCCCCCGCUGCACGUCACCGUGCUGGUGCCCGUGGCCGAUGCCACCAUCACCCCCGGACCCCCGUCCCUGCAGGUGGGCACAGGUGACCCCGUGACCCUGCGCUGCUCGGGGCAGGUGGGCUCAGCCCCCUGGACCUCCUGGCUGCGGGACGGGCGGGAGGUGGCCCGGGGUCCCCUCCUGGAGCUCGGGGACGUCGAGCCGGGACAUUCCGGCCCCUGCCAGGGCGUGGCCACCAAAGCAGCUGGACGGCAUCGCCUGCUCCGGGCACUCAGCCCGGCACUGAUGGGGACACCACGGGGGUGGGGCGCGGCAGUGGCCACAGGGCUCGGCGGGUCCCUCCUGUUUCUGGUUCUGCUCCUGGGGGCCAUCGGGGGCUGGCACCGGUGGCGCCGCUUGGCUACCAGGAGGCUCCAGGACAGGGUCUCUGUGGAGCCCCCGGGCCCUCCCGAGGAGGGGGAGGUGCUGUACACCCCCGUCACGAUCAGCGAGCGAGUGCUGGGGACCCCCAGGGGGUCCUCCCGUGCUGCCUCCCCCUGCGACCCCCAGGUGACCUACGCAGAGCUGCGGGGACCCCACCCACGGCUGCGGGAACCCAAGGACAUCUGCGAGGCUGUGGCGUGA